UCCACAUCCACUGGUCAACAGACUAUCCGAGUUUGGUUUCUCGUUCUCCAAAAACCGCAGUGGCGGACAAGUUUCUAUCGUAUCCAACAAAAACCAUUAUUUCGGCACGGCAGAGUCUAUCUUCACCGUUGUAUCGGAAGUGUUGCUUUUGCAGCCGCUCCAAAGAGCAGAACGUGAAGGACCUUGAGCUUAAUUAGCAUGGCUUCGAUUAGUUUCUACUGUUCUUCGAUGCCUCUCUCACGCAUGCGGUAUGGUGGCCUGCGUUACCUUAAUCAGCUUCCCAUCUCAUCUGGUAACAAUUUCGAUCUGCUCUCAAGUAUUGUAACGAACAAAUUGUGCUUUAAUUUUAAGAGAAAUGGUAUAGCUAGAGCUGCACUGAUUUCUGGAGAAGGUGACAUCUUGGCGCAUCCCAAUAGUGUUGCAGAACAGAAUGCCUGCAUCAAAGAACAGCUGGUCCAGCCUACUGGGAUUGAGAGACAAGCCGAUGAAAUUGCUUUCGGAACACUUGCAGCUGAAAUCAGUCCAACAUCUACUAAAUUCUACACGAAUGAUGAUGAUGAAUAUGACCUGGAUCGCCCUACUCCAGGAUUUGCUUCCAUCCCUGAAGCCAUUGAGGACAUUCGCCAGGGCAAAUUAGUUAUUGUUGUAGAUGAUGAAGACAGAGAAAAUGAGGGAGACCUAAUAAUGGCAGCGUCAAAGGUGACACCUGAAACUAUGGCAUUUAUAGUCAAGCAUGGAACUGGAAUAGUUUGUGUGAGCAUGAAAGAAGAAGAUCUAGAGAGGUUGGAACUUCCGUUGAUGGUUACGCAUCGGGAAAAUGAGGAGAAGCUUCGUACAGCAUUUACUGUGACUGUGGAUGCAAAACAUGGCACCACUACUGGUGUCUCGGCUCAUGAUAGGGCAACAACGGUGUUGGCCCUUGCUUCUAAAGAUUCAAAACCUGGAGAUUUCAAUCGUCCAGGUCAUAUUUUCCCCUUGAAGUACAGAGAGGGUGGGGUUUUGAAAAGAGCUGGACACACAGAAGCUUCUGUUGAUCUUUCUGUGUUGGCUGGAUUAGAGCCUGUUGCAAUUUUAUGUGAGGUUGUGGAUGAUGAUGGCUCCAUGGCUAGAUUACCUAAACUUCGUCAAUUUGCGCUGGCAGAAAACUUGAAAAUCGUUUCUAUUGCAGACCUAAUCAGGUAUCGGAGAAAAAGAGAUAGAUUAGUGGAGCUGGCUGCUGCUGCACCAAUACCAACAAUGUGGGGCCCAUUCAAAGCAUACUGUUAUAGGUCAUUCCUGGAUGGAAUUGAGCAUAUUGCAAUGGUUAAAGGAGAAAUAUUGGAUGGGCAGAACAUUCUUGUGAGGGUACAUUCUGAAUGCCUCACUGGAGACAUAUUUGGUUCGGCCAGAUGCGACUGCGGUAACCAAUUGGCACUUGCAAUGAAGCAAAUUGAGGCUGCUGGCAGAGGCAUAUUAAUAUAUUUGCGAGGUCAUGAAGGUAGAGGAAUUGGUUUAGGACACAAGCUCCGUGCAUACAACCUGCAGGACGAUGGCCGUGACACAGUUGAAGCCAAUGAGGAGCUGGGACUACCUGUUGAUGCUCGAGAAUAUGGAAUUGGUGCACAGAUUUUACGAGAUUUGGGUGUCCGUACAAUGAAGCUGAUGACAAAUAAUCCUGCAAAAUAUGUGGGGCUCAAAGGUUAUGGCCUGGAAAUUGCUGGAAGGGUGCCCUUACUGACACCAAUAACGACGGAAAACCAGCGGUAUCUGGAGACCAAACGCAAAAAAAUGGGACAUGUAUAUGGUUCAGAUCCCAACGGCAGCAUAAACAGUAACGAAUACGAUAAUUCAAGCAGUAGUGGCUAAUCAAAUGGAUCAUCCAACAGUCAAGCAGGUCUGGUCCCCCUCUCCCACCCCAAUUUGUUCAUGAGAAAUGAUACUAUUUACAGCUCCAUUUGUUCUCUAUCAUUCUUCAUUGACCUUUUCUGUUUUUUGUUUUUAUAUCUAUUCAUUUCCUUUGGAACUGUACACAGUUGUAGGAAAAUCUUUGAUUUGUCUGACUAGGACAUAUUGCUGUGUGAAGUUAGUAUGACUGAGAUGUGUUGUCUUAACAUUUCCCCUUUAAAACAGUUGAUCCAAGAUUUGGUUAUUCGUUA